UUUUUGGCGCUGAUGGUGCACAUUUAUAUAAAGGCGGUGUAGUUUAGCAUUUAAGUGUUUUGUUGUUGUUGUUGCUGCUGUCACAAUGAAAAUAGCCUAACUCUUUCUUUGCCACAUUGGUCCAUCACCCUUCUCUAUCACUGACCAAUCAAAAUCAAGAAGAGGCAGGACCUCUGAUGGGACAUAAGUCUAGUGUUACUGAUGCUACAACACUAUUUAUUUAAUUUAUUUGAUGUUAUGCGUAAUUUCCUACCGAAUAAAAUAAACUAUGAAUCACACCAAGCAAAAGAAGCACUUUGAAAUGAUGGUUGUAGGUGCUGCUGGUGCAAAAAGAAAAAAAAAAAAAAAAAAAAAAGCUUUUAGUGGACAUAGGCCCUUAGAAAACAUACUUGAGUAUUGUGCUCAUAAAAACCUUCAAGAUGCACAUAUUUUGCAACUUAGAGCAAGCAGUGUUGGCUUUCAGCCUGCAGCAGAGGAAAGUGUGCACUGUGAACACAUUUGGACUGGAACACAGCCAGGGCUUGGUCGGGUGGUUGGUUGGUUGCAUGUGGAGGAUGUGGGCUGGUCUCUGGAGCCUGGCGGUUGUUCAUUCAUAAACCAGGUGGGAACAGUAAAAGGAAAACACAGACAUCUGCCGGCCUCCACUCUCAAAGAUCACAUUGUACUGCUUUUGUGGAAGGAGGUGUGGGUGCUGAAUGUGUUUUGUUAUUCUCUGCGAGUUUUUUUUUUUUGUGUUUGUCAGCAUGUGGCGAAUAAGAGCAACCCAAGAAACGCAGGAGUAUUUAUGCAGCUGGGCCAUAAACUGAAAGGUGAGGUAGAUUUAGAUGGCACGAUCAUGCGGCGUCACUGUUUCUCUGUUCGCCUGACUCAUGGCUGUUGACUUUGUCAUCACACCAUUAAACGUUACACGAAAGCAAAACAUGGUGAAAAAUACUCCUCACUCAUUCUAUUCAUAAUUAUGACAGAUAUGGUGACAUUAUGAGCUGUUGAUAAGUAUGGUGGACUAAAACGUCAAAUAUCUGCUGUUCACUUUAUGCUACAGUACCAAAGUUGGUCUACCUCGUCCAUUAUUCUGGGCACGCCCCCCGUAAGUUGCACUUGUCAGAUUUUCUUGGGGUUUCAAGCAGAUUAAGGUUUCAAAGAUGGAAGUGGAAUCAUUUUUUCAGCUUCUUCCUUUAAGCCUUUUCUACGGGUCUAAACAGUUUCUCCUGUACCUUGCAUCUAUCGAAUAUAACAGAGUUUCAUUGCUCAAUAAAAUUGAUGUGGCUUUGGGAUCCAGGAAAAGUUUUCUCCUGCAUCCUAGGGCAGCCCCUGAGAAUCACAAUUACCUACAAUUUUCCGAUCGUCUUUGGAGGGAAAUGUUCACAUUAGCUAACUCGAGGGUGGCUUACAAGGCUGGAGCAGGCUAAAAUCAAUGCAUCCUGUCACCUUUUAGCAGGACAAAUGGCGCCCAUUGUUGCAGCUUGUCCCUACUAUAAGUCCCCACCCCCAAGUUAGACAGCUGGGGUAGAUACAGGGGACAGAAAAUAGAGGGACUUCAUACAGACCAGCAGAGUGGAUCACUUAUGUGGGGAAUUUGUGUCCUCACAGUGUUUAUAUCUCCUAGUUUUGAUGGCUGACAACAGUUUUCCUCUGUAAUAUGGUCAUUUUUGUUUAUCAGUAGUAUUUCAUAAUUGAAUUGCCACAAGUCAGAAUCAUAUGUUGUAUUUGUGUCACUGGCUUUUCUCUCUCUGUCCCAGAGUCUGAGCCUAAUCAUUCAGUGUAGAUGACUGUACAUCAGUGAGUCUGGUUCUGCUUGAGAUUUCUGCCUGUUGAAACAGAGUUCCUGCCAAGUCUGCAAAUUGUUUUCCAUUUUGUUUGACUACAUCCUUGUCUUUUUCCCAUCCUACUUUCUAUCCUACUUUUUUUUCUCAUCUGUUAGCAGCAGAUGACUGUCCACAUAUGAGUUUGGUCUUGCCAAGGUUUCUGCCUGUUGAAAGUAAGUUUUCCUGCAUGUAAACUUGGAUAAAGACAGAAUAACUCAACUUAACUGUGCAUGCUAACAUAUUGAUUGCUGCCAAGUGUUUGUUUGAUGGAUGGUCAGUCAGUGUGUUUACAUGACACUCGAGAAAACCGAAUUAUUGCCUUACUCCGAUUAAGACCGGACAACUGAAGCGCAUGUAAACACCUUAGUCCGACCAUAAUAGGAGUUUCAGAACUCCGAUAAGAGUUUGAGAACUCCGAUUAAGACACCCAGAUAAUGCUAUUGGAAUUUGAUUUUCUCUACCAUGUAACCAGCGUAAUCAGAGUAUGAUCGGACAAUGCAUGUGCGCAUGCGCCACGCCCCCGCAACUCCAGAACAAAAACACCACAGAAGAGGAGUAGCGUGGACAUCAUGUACGACAUAAACAACGGCGUAUGAUGCUCCAUCUUCUUGCUCGAAAAUGCCCAGCAGCAGUUGUAGCAACUUCUGACGACUGGUACCUGCUGUUGUUGUUGACGACAGUUGUGUGGGAUCGGAAACAGCGCCGCUGAAAAGACCUAUAUCGCCCCCUAGUUUUGGGGAGGAGGACACGUUCACUUCAAUUAUUCAGUUUUCUUAGCUGCAUGGACAAGGAGAGAAGUCUGAAAAAACGAGUUAUUAGCUUAGUCCGAUUAAGUUGUGCAUGUAAACUCAAUGAGUGUUGCAGCUCUCUAAACAAUAUAACAUUAUAAUUUUAACUUUUUCGACUGGGAUAUAAAAUGAGACAAUCUAUGUUGUGAUGUGGAGCCUUACAAAUCUAAACUAGAUGGACUGACUCUGUUAUAGAAGAGAGAAAACUUGCCUGAUCCUCUACUACAGCAGAACUUUGAGGCAUCAAUCACAGCAUGCAGAGUGAUGUGAUUCUAACUUUUAACACUGGGUGCUCCCAAACAGACCACAGAGGCAGCAGCAGGGUCAACGUGUUAAUAUGUGUUUAUGUGUGAGUGUGUUAGUGUUUGUGUGUCAGUGUGUGGAGUCUGGAUGCUGGUUGGCACAGUCAUGGCUCCUUGACGUCAGCGCUCAGCCCAGACUACUGCUGCUGCUGCUGCUGCUGAUGCCGCUGCUGCUCUCAAACAUGUCUUUGUUAUUCAGAGCUUUCCAUCAGAGAGCGGCGACCUGCAAAACACGGAGGGUGGCGUCAGAUCCGCGGAGGAGCGCGGGAUGACACGGCGAGCGCGCGCGUAGGCGUUUGGUAUGCUGGCUUGAGGGCGUGCGCGUGUGCCGGAUUUGAACGGGUUUUCUACUGUGCUGUAUAUUUUCAUCCCUUUAGAGAGAGAAAAAAAACAGUUUUCCUGAAGCUUUAAAUUGAAAUUCUGAAUAAAACAAAAAACAAGUAAACAAACAAAAAAUAAAGUUUUCUAAAAGCUUUUAAUUAAAAUUCUUGAUAAAAUAAAUAAUAAAAAAUAAAUUAUAAAAAAUAAAAUAAACAAUUAUAAUAAACAUUAUUAUUAUUUUAUUAUAAGUAAUAAGAAACAUAGUAAUAAUAAUAAAUAAAAUAAAAUAAUAAUAAUUAAUAAUAACAAAUAAUAAUAAUAAUAAAUAAUAAUAAAUGAAUAAAAAAUAAAUAUUAUUAUUAUUAAAAAUAAUAUAGUAGUAACAGUAAAAAAAAUAAUAGAUACAAUAAUAAUAAUAUUAAAUAUAAUCAUCAAUAUACAAAUAAAAAUAAUAAAUAUAAUAAUGAAUAAAAUAAUGAAUAAUAGUAAUAAUAAUAAUAAUAAUAAUUCAUUUUCAGAAGCUUUCAAUAAUAAUAAUUAUUAUUAUUAUUUUCAUUAUUAUUAUUAUUAUUAUUAUUAUUAUUAUUAUUAUUAUUUUCAUUAUUAUUAUUAUAGUUUUUAUGAUUCUUCAAACUAUUAAGAUCUUAGAACAAAUAUAGAUUGGUUGUUUAAAAUAAAUAGUUUGUAUUUAAUUUAAUUAGUUUAUUAUGGUCAAAAUCCAUUAAUCAGGGACCAAAAACUGUUAUUUAUAUUUUUAUUGUGUUUAUAUUCCACAAUGAGUACCCAUCUCACGUCUUUGAAGACCCCAAUGCUGUUAAAUAAAAGGUAAUAUUUCAAUUAAAUAUAUUUAAGUGGUGUUAAAAGCACAGUGAUACACAAUAAAAGCCACCCAGGACAAAUACUGUGAAUGUUAGCACGUCAAACUGAGAGUCCAACACGCGAACUCCCCUUUAAUAUUCCCUUUAGACCAUGAUUGUGUUGGUCCAUUCAGCACAUUGGACCCCGUUGGUCCGGGUCCCUCAACAGAUCUGGAGUACCAGAUGGCAGCAGACUGAUCUGAUCCGAGAGUCCGGCUCCACUCCCCGCUCUCUCCCUCCCUCCCUCCCUUUCUUUCUCUCUUCCUCUUCCUGAUGGCUUCUCCGCGUAAAAAAAAAAAAAAAACAGGAAUCCGCGACACAUUUUGUCAGCAGCCACCGAGCAUGGGUCCCUCUGGUAAUAGAAUAGCCAAUGUAAUUUGACACUUCAACUUACUGCGCUCUCUCCGAGUCUAUUCAGUUACUCACCCACUGACGUUGAGCCCGUUCUCAGUGGCCGUGAGUGGGGAUACGAUAUUUAAAACACAAGAGCCGAAAAUUAACCGAGGACUUUCUGCGCGCAAUAACCCGGUGAGUAACCGCAAACUUGGCUUAUUAUCCCGGCUGUGUGUCGCGCUGCUGCCGCUGUUGUGUAUGCCUUGCUGUCUCGUGAAGGUUUUUUUCUUUUUGUGUGUGUGUUUGUAGAUUGUUUCCCCAACAAUAGAGUGACCACUUGAAGUGGCACCCAGGAGCACGUCGCAGGCUGUAAUAACCCACCGCAGCGUUUUAUUUACUAGCACGCCGCUGUGUGCCGUCGGGAUUGAACCGGCGGGGCUGUUAAGCAGGUUGUGCAUUUGGUUAGUAACAGAUGCCGCGUUGAUCUGCACAGCGUUGGAGGCUUGGAGGCGAAAAUGUAGCAGCAGCAGCAGCAUGCGUGCAGUUUGCUUGCAGAAUGAAUCACGCCGCGCGGAUUCAUUCCCUGUGCAUGCGUAACCUUUAAAGGUAGUUUUGCACCUUUUACGCACACAAAAGCACAUGGUUUCUCGUCUUAUGUGGCUUGCAGGCGUGGAUUAUCCGUAAUGUCACGUUAAAUGUUUAUUUCUGAACUUUGUUAAGAGCAGCACGUGUGCACAGCUACGAUUAAAUAUCAGAGUAUUUCUGUCACACAGCCUGGACUUAUCACUCAGCUGCGUGCUUCGUGUGGGUUUAACAAGUUGACUCCCAAAAAUUCCUGCUGGGUGCAAAAUUGAGAGGGUUCAUGUUCUCUUGACUGUUCCUACAUCUGUCUAAGAAUCAAAAAGCAUGGAGAAGUGAAGUGGGAAGAGUCAUCUGCUUCUUAAAAUACCACUUUAAGAGUUUUAACAAGCAAAGCCUGCGAGUGUUUUGUGCCUCUUUCUGCUCAGAUGUCCAGGAAAGUCUCCCCUGUUUUUGUCAUGAAGCUGAAAAAGUUCACGAGCCGCUUUUGUAAUGUUUUUAGCUGCUGCAGCAUCCAGUUCACUCUUGCUUCAGCCAGCUGCUCGGACUUAUGUGAGAAAUCUGUGAGAUGGUUACUAAGCCCGUACGCCAUGCCAAACUUUCAGGGAGAGUUUUUAAAGCUGUCUCCGCACACCUUUUCUGUGCUUAACUCAACUUCCAGAGGGCGUCUUAAGUCAAAGCUGGUGUGUCAUACAGAGAUGGAGCUUUUUCUGUCCCCUCCCUGUCUCCCCUCCUCUUUGGGGCCCCUGGUUUAGGGCUCCUGAAUAACCCCAGAGCAGACCCCACCAGGCUGACCUUCUUCUAUUCAAGUUGAGGAUGUUGAAACACCAGCCGUCAAACAAAAGACACAUUGAAACGGAGAUCUGCAGCCCAGCACGUGUGUCUGGGCGCUGGAGUCGACCAUUUAUUAACUCUCAGUUUCCCACUGACUGAUAAGAAGCAUCAGGAUAAAGCCGGGCAGAUUAAAGCUUUGCUUUCGUUUUGAAAUCACAUCUUUCGUACUUUUUAGUGUCUUUUCUCCUUCUGGACUGAAGCCAUUCUGAAGUCUCUGUAUUUGGCACUGUAAACUGACAAUAGCAACACGUUUUCAGUGCAGGCUGGGAGUUUUUCGCUCCCACCCGAGGAGGUGAGAGCAAAAGACGGAAGCUGGAAAUGGCCGUGCCACAUGGGAAAUAAUUCAACUCUCAGAUCAGAGAGGACACACAAGAGGCCUCAUUACCUUCAGCAGCAGCAGCAGCAGCACUGCCCAAAGAACUGAUCUUUCCCUACCAGCCACUGAUAUAUUAUCUUUCCUCCUGCGUCUGAUGCCCUUUUACGACUGGAAAUAUUCCUCAAAUACACGGCAUGGACUCAUGUCACUCUUCAGAGCUCAACGCAUCAACUCCUUUGUGAA